AUGCCUGUUUCAUGUGCAAUUAAAAAUUGUCGUUCGAAUUAUGUUGUAUCAACAGUUAUUGGUUUAAAUAUAUCGUUUUUUAACAUACCCAAAGAGGAACGCGUUCGUAAACUAUGGCUGAUGAAAUAUAAAGAGGAAGUUAAUGUUACAACAGCAAGGGUCUGUACAUUACAUUUUCGUCCUGAAGAUUUUGAACGCGACCUACGUGCGGAACUGUUGCAAUUGAAACGUAGGCGGCUUCUAAAGAAGACAGCUAUACCCACUUUAAACUUGGGAGCAUCUCAAGACGACGUUUCAAAUAUCUGCGAAUACCUUGAUCCAUCUACAUCAUUGUUAAAUAUUUCAAAAGAACCAUUAUCAAAGGGAAAUGAUGUAAACUGUUUAUUAAAAUCCAGUGUAGCACGUCAAACUGAAGAUAUGAUAACAACUGAUGACACAAUAAAUGAAUUGAAACGAAAAAUAUGUGAAUUAGCAGAGAAAAAUGAUGUUUUGGAAAGAAAGUUACGUAUAUCAACGCUAAAAUCUUGGGCUUCAAAAAUUGAUAUGAGACAGGGUAUUUUACAUCACAUGCUACUUUUUCUAUCUGUGGCUGGAAAAGGGUACAGUGAUCAAGAAAGGCUUGUUGUUUUGUCAUUUGACGAAAUGAAAGUUGCAGAAGUGUAUGAGUAUGAUAGGAAAUAUGAUCAAAUUAUUGGUCCGCAUUCACAAAUGCAGGUUGUGAACGCCAGGGCACUGUUUGGAUCUUGGAAGCAGCCAAUUUUUGCCGGUUUUGAUACAAGAAUGACUGGUACUUUGUUAUUAACAUUAAUUAAUAAACUGCACGAUAUUGGUUUUGAGGUGAUUGCAUGUGUGUCUGAUUGUGGACCCUCAAAUCUUGGUUUGUGGAGAGAGUUGGGUAUUACACACGAAUCCUCAUAUAUAGUACAUCAUACAACUACAAAAAAGAUUAAUUUUUUGGGGAUGCACCUCACCUUUUAA